AUGAAUCAACCAGUAUUGCUACCAGCCAACCAAUUCAGACAAGUACCUAAAAUAAUCCCAGUAUAUGUUGUAGAGUUGACAAAAUCAAAUACUCAAGAAGUUGUCUAUAACAGCAAUAAAACAGUUCUUGUUCAAAUCUACUACUCGAUCGUGGAAUGA